AUGUUGGCUCGCCUUUAUGAAUUGAAAGAAGAGUCAUGUCAAAUGAACCAAAAUUCAAUCAGAAAAGGACUCGUCGUGGAACCAAUUUUAUCUAAUGAGCUGAAUAUCCGUUGCCAGGUAGGUUUGAUAGACAUGCAAACGAAGUUCGUACAGCUACGCCCUUUACAAAAUAAGACUGCCGAGGAAGUAUCAAAGACUAGUUAA